AUGCGCUGUUGGGCACUUGUUUUCGCCGCUGCCAAGGCCGUCGAGCUCACGCAUAUUCCACCAAUGCCAGAUAUUGAUCAGAUUUCUACUGAUGAGGAAUGGGCGGCGAUGAUGGAAGAGUACGAAGCUGUUCAAGUUCUCAGAGGCCGUAUUCUCCGCGGUGAGAUUUCCCUUGAGCAAGCGAUGGCUCCUGAGGCUCCCGCAGCACCAGUAGCCGCCGCUGUUCCUGCGGCUCCCGCUGCAGUUCCUGCGGCUCCCGCUGCUGUUCCAGCUUAUGUUGCUCCCGCCGCUCCAGUAGCCGCUGCUGUUCCUGCCGCACCCGCUGCUCCUGCGGCUUACGCUGCUCCAGCAGCUGUUGGAGUUCCAGCCGCUGUUGGCGUUCCAGCCGCACCAGUAGCCGCAGCUGACCCUAUCGCAGCUCGACAGGAAGCCGUCGGCUCAAAGGUCGACGACAUGAUGAACGCGCAAUCCGACGAAGAGUGGAACAAAAUGAUGGAACAGUACAACAAGGCCCUCAGUGCGAACCCCGUCUAA